AUGCGGCAGGACGGGGUGGUGGGUCGCGGCGGGGACUGGGCGGCGGCUGGCGGCGCGGCGUCCUGCAGGGACGAUGGCUCCUCGCUGUCCUCCCUCAAGCGCCUGGAGCGCUCGCAGCGCACGGAGCGGCUGGACACACUGUUCGGCUUCGAGCGGCCCACGGAGCGUGGCGAGCGCACGGGCUGGCUCAUCAACAUGCUCCCGACGGAGGUGCUGGGCGAGGACCGGCGGCUGGUGAGCGCUGUGGACUACUUCAUCCCGGAGGAUGGGAGCCGCUUCGAGGUGGCCCUGCCCUAUAAGCCGUAUUUCUACAUCGCUACCCAGAAGGGCUGUGAACAAGAAGUGUCAUCCUUCCUCUCCAAGAAGUUUCAAGGGAACAUUUCAGAGCUAGAAACUGUCCCCAAAGAAGAUUUGGAUCUGCCAAAUCACUUGGUGGGUCUUAAGCGGAACUACAUUAAGUUAUCCUUCCACGUGGUGGAUGACUUGGUGAAGAUGCGGAAAGAGAUCUCUCCUGCUGUGAGGAAAAACAGAGAGCGAGACCAGGCGAGCGAUGUCUAUACGUCUAUGCUGUCAAGGAAAGAGGUCUCCUUAGGACGGUUGGCCCAUCGGCUUCUUAGGAUUCCCCUAGUCACACAGACUAAAAAGUACAAAUGA